AUGGCCAACAACGAUGAAAGGGAUUACCUUAGGCUUCCCUCAUUCUUCAAAAGGUUCUCGGAGGACACAAGCAUGGAUGAGUUGCGACUUCCACCCGAGUUUGUUGCGGUCCAUGGACAGGAGCUCCCUUUUGACUGCCGCCUUGUGAUGGCUAGGGGCAGGCAAUGGCCCGUACACCUCCUUCGGAUCGCUAGUGGCUGCCACUUCCAUGUUGGAUGGGCGCAAUUCCGUAUCCACAACAGGAUUGUCCAUGAGGACUUGCUCACAUUCACGUUGGUGGACGUGGGGGUUUUCCAAGUCAAAAGAUACAAGGGGGCUGUAGAUGACGAGGUUUCGGACAACAGUUACACUGAGGAUGUGGAUACCUCAGACGAAUACGAGCCGUCGGAGACUGAGGCUGAUUCUUCGGAUGAUGACGACUAUGCGUCCGACGCAGGAGUGUUAGAAGACGACGGUUGCCCAACUUUCACCGUGACUCUGUCGCGUGCCAACAUAAGCCGCACACUGGAGAUCCCCUAUGCAUUUUGGCAACGCCAUAUUCGUAUGGCGGCCCUUUUUGACCCCGUGUACUUCAAUGUGGACGGAGAAACAUGGUUGGUCAAUCUUGCUCAUAGCGCCACGAAAAUUUGGGUGAAGCGAGGGUGGCGUCAUUUCAAGGAGGCCAACCGACUGGCCGUCGGUCAUCGUUGUCAUUUCAAGCUCAUUGACCGUAAUGAAAUCAUCUUCUACGUGUGGUUCGAUCGUGCUUAA